UUUGUCAACAAAUUUGAAUGAUAAGUGAUAGUGCUGAAGGUAACCUCGAAAACUAGUAAAAAUAAGUUUGUUUCAUUUUUAUUUAUAAUGUCUGUUUCUAAAUGGCAGAUCUUGAAAUUAUACCGUGAUAUGAUGAGAGAAGCGAAAAAAAUACCUGCAUACAAUUUUAGAAAUUAUGCACUGAGAAGAAUUAAGCAUGGUUUUAAUGAAAAUAGAAAUCUUAAAUUAGAAGGUAUUACACAAAAAUUUAAUGAUGGUCGGCUGGCUUAUGACUGUUUGAAAAGACAAGUCUUGGUCUCGACACUAUAUAAGACUGAUAAUAUUAUUGUUGAAAAUCAAAUUGAUAAACCUUGCACUUUUGGCUAAUGAUUUUUCAUUAUGAGAUGAAUAGUGAUUUGUAAAUAAGUUUGUUCAUAGAAAAUAAUAAUAUUUAUUAAUUUAAUGUUAAAUAUGCCUG